UCACAAACUCUCUUCUUCUCCCAUCUCUCGCCGAGCUCGACGUCGACUCAAACGAUCACCAUGAGCGCACCACGCUCCCCUGUUGUGCCCGCCGCGGCGCUGCUCGCGCUCACGGUGGCGUUAGCAUUCGCCUCCGCCGCCGCCGCGGCCCGCCACCACUCCUACUCCACCGUCCCGGCGCAGGCGGAGCGGGCCGACGACGAGGUGCGGCGCAUGUACGCGGCGUGGAAGUCGGAGCACGGCCGCCGCCCGCGCGCCGGCAACUGCGACAUGGCCGGCGACGAGGAACGCCGGCUGCGCCUGGAGGUGUUCCGUGACAACCUCCGCUUCAUCGACGCGCACAACGCGGAGGCGGACGCGGGGCUCCACAGCUUCCGCCUCGGCCUCACCCCCUUCGCCGACCUCACCCUGGAGGAGUUCCGCGGCCGUGUCCUCGGGUUCAGCGGCGCGGCCCGCCGGGCCGGGAGCACCCGCUACCUCCGCCGCCACGGCGACCAGCUCCCCGACGCCGUCGACUGGCGCCAGCUCGGUGCCGUCACCGACGUCAAGAACCAAGAGCAAUGCGGUGGGUGCUGGGCGUUCUCGGCGGUGGCAGCCAUGGAGGGGAUCAACGAGAUCGUGACGGGCAACCUCGUCUCGCUGUCGGAGCAGGAGCUGAUCGACUGCGACAGCCAGGACAACGGCUGCAACGGCGGGUACAUGCAGAACGCUUUCGAGUUCGUCAUCAACAACGGCGGGAUCGACACCGAGGCCGACUACCCCUACACCGGAACUGAUGGGACUUGCGAUGCCAACAAGCUAAACGAAAAGGUUGUGACCAUAGAUGACUUCGUGAAUGUGGCGACCAACAACGAGACGGCGUUGCAGGAGGCUGUGGCGAGCCAGCCCGUCAGUGUCGCCAUUGAUGCCGGCGGUCGCGUGUUCCAGCACUAUCAAUCGGGCAUCUUCAACGGGAUCUGCGGGACGAAGCUGGACCACGGCGUCACGGCGGUGGGCUACGGCAGCGAGGACGGCAAGGACUUCUGGAUCGUGAAGAACUCGUGGAGCGCCGACUGGGGUGAGGGCGGCUACAUCCGCAUGGCGCGCAACGUGCCCUCGCCCAGGGGCAAGUGCGGCAUCGCCAUGGACGCGUCGUACCCGGUGAAGUAUAGCUCCGACAAUAACCCGACGGCUAGGGCGGCGAUGACUGUGCUGGAGAUGGUCGUUGCCUAAGCGGCAGAGAUCAGGCGACGUAGCUUGCCCCUUGCUGAAUGUGUGUGGACUUGAGUUGCUCGUUUAUACCAGUGUGUUGGUCUGAGUUGUGAUGCACGAUUAUCUUGUUGAACUUAGUAUAUGCAUGUUGUACCGGAAAUAAGUUACUACUAAAGUUAUGCUGUAAUAAGUUAAUGAGCCACGUAAUAAGUACUGUAAUCCUUUCGAGAGGUAAUAAUGUAAUAAAGUU